CUUCUGCUCGGUUCUCCAUCGCAUACAUCUACUGCACUGAAUCCCAUUCGAAGGGCGAAGAAUAAUACAGGUCGGAAGGGCUUUCUUCAAUGGCGUCAACGAGCCUCUCCUCUCUUCCCUCUCCUCCUAGCCACCACCUCCGCCGCCGUCUCCCUUCCAACCUCCCCUCCCUCUCCUGGCGCCAUACCCUAGCGCCUACUCAGCUCGGCCUUCCCUCCGCCUCUCCACCCCCAGGAAGAUGUUGUGUUCCGUUGCCGGUUAGAUGUAUUUCUCAGGCGGCAGUCGUGACGAGCCUGACGCCGGGAACUCCAGUUAGGCCAACAAGCAUCCUUGUGGUUGGGGCUACCGGAACUCUGGGGCGGCAAGUAGUUAGGAGGGCGUUGGAUGAAGGCUACGAUGUGAGAUGUCUUGUGAGACCUCGGCCCGCUCCUGCUGAUUUCUUACGGGACUGGGGUGCCAUAGUUGUUAAUGGUGAUCUCAGCAAACCAGAGACUAUACCUGCAACUCUUGUUGGUAUUCAUACAAUAAUUGAUUGUGCAACAGGGCGGCCAGAGGAGCCUAUUCGAACAGUAGAUUGGGAAGGGAAAGUUGCUCUAAUCCAGUGUGCAAAAGCCAUGGGCAUUGAGAAGUAUGUAUUCUAUUCCAUCCACAACUGUGAUAAGCAUCCCGAGGUUCCUUUGAUGGAAAUCAAGCAUUGCACUGAGAAAUUUCUUCAUGAUUCUGGUUUAAACUAUCUUAUCAUCAGAUUGUGCGGAUUUAUGCAGGGCCUUAUUGGGCAGUAUGCUGUUCCAAUUCUAGAAGAAAAAUCAGUGUGGGGAACUGAUGCUCCAACUCGAAUAGCAUACAUGGAUACCCAAGAUAUAGCUCGACUAACAUUUAUAGCUGCACGCAAUGAGAAGAUAAAUAAGAAACUUUUGACCUUUGCUGGACCUCGAGCAUGGACAACUCAAGAGGUACGCCUCAGAAUGUUUUUACAACGGCCAAAUUACUCAAGAAAAAUGGUGAUUACUCUAUGUGAGAGACUGGCAGGACAAGAUGCCAAUAUAACCACUGUCCCUGUUUCAAUCUUGAAAUUUACUCGUCAGGUUACUCGUUUUUUCCAAUGGACCAAUGAUGUCGCUGACAGAUUGGCAUUUUCAGAGGUACUCUCCAGUGACACAGUGUUCUCUGCUCCCAUGAAGGAGACAUACGAGCUCCUCGGAGUGGACCAGAAUGAUAUUGCAACCCUGGAGAGGUACUUGCAGGAUUACUUCACCAAUAUCUUGAAGAAACUCAAAGAUAUCAAAGCUCAAUCCAAGCAGACAGACAUAUUUUUUUGACAUUUUAGGAGUAUCCAUUCACUUAUUACUUCAAGAGCUCGAUAACCAAACGUGGAUUGUCUGUUCUCGAUUGGGUUCCCCGAUUGAAGUUGUAAAGAUAUAUUAUGAAGCAGCUCUACUUAUUUGUAAA